GUUACUGUUAGAUUGACGGAUUACCAUGCCUCUGAUGUGAAGUAAAUUAUCAAAGCACCUAUUUGGAAUCUCGGAUAUGACUGUAUGCCUGAAAGGAAAGUGCUUGUCGUUGAUCGGGUUGAUUGGCCUGGCUUCGUCGUUUCCGAUUCUCAUUACCCUUCCCCGACCAUUGAAGCUCGAGGCUCGCAGCAUACAACUCGACAGGCUCCUCCAACAACGGCCAAAGUUGUCGAUGGUGGAAGAUAACAGGUCUGAACUGACACCUGACAACGAAAAUGAUGCGGUCUUAGUUGAGGGAGUAAUCGGUGAAGAUCUACCUAAACAAGUAUUGGAUGAAAUUGAAGAUGGGCAACCAUCGGAAUGGAACGUAUUGAAGCAGCUUCUUGGGAUAAAUGUGUUUACGUACAUACUGGCGACAGCAAUUGUUUUCUUUCUAAGCAUGAACCUUGUAUUUGGACCGGGUUGGCUAGGAAGUGCUAUUGGUGUUAAAGGCACCGGCUCGUUUUCGGAGGUUUCGACCUCGCUACCGGAUACAGUUGAUCUGAGUAAACCAGAUUUCCUUUUAUAG